AUGCCUAUUAUGAAUGGACAUGAAUCUAUUAAAUUAAUUAGAUAAUUUGAAAAGGAAUUUAAUAUUAAUCCAUCUAUUAUUAUUGUAAAUAGUGCUAAUAUUAAUUAAGAUGAUAUUUAAUAAAGUGUAGAUUGUGGUGCAGAUUAACAUAUUGCUAAGCCUGUUGAUACUUAAAAUUUAAGAUAAUUAUUAUAAAAAUACGCAUUUGCAUAUUGA